AUGGGAUACCUACUAUACUCUGCGUUCUUCGUCUCGAUCGUGCUCGGAACAGCCCUCUACCUUACCCGCGCGCGAUGGACGCCGUAUCUCCCUGAACGAGUCCAGGAGGCCCUCAACUUCACAUACGCCCGGCUCCCCACCACAUUCAUGGGAGAUGUCGAGUCUGGCUUCACAUCAGCCGACUUCGACCUGUCAAGCAACAUUAUGGAAGGUGACUCACGGGGCGGGCUCGACCAGAAAGCCAAGCGCGACAUACAGCGAUUGAUGAAGGCCCGGAAGAUCAACUUCGACGAGGCGAGACGGAUUUAUAUGGAACAGAGAUUCAAGAAGAACGGGAUUGGCGAGGACGGCAUCCCGCGCGAUCCGAAGUUUGUUUCUUUUUCUUGA